AUGGACAAUGUUAGCGGCUACACAUUUCGUCACCACCGCCGCUUCCACCGCCACCACCGCCGCAACCCUCCACUCCUCGGGUUCUUCGUCAGAGAAGGGGACUUCGUGCCUACUCUCGAGGCCCCGAAUAAGGUCCCGCCCAGACGCCUCUCUUUGCAGCGCGGCGAGGGAGACCGCUUCCUGUCCCUUGGAUGCCGCCAUGGCCUCGUGCUCAUCUUCGACAUAAAGCCCAACCAGAUGCUGGUGUGUGACCCCGUCACCGGCGACCAGCACCGCCUCGCCAUUCCCCCAGGGAUUGCCACUCAUGCGGAGAAUACAACGAUCAACGGGGCCGUGCUUCGCCCUGCCGGAGCAGUCGACCACUUCCAGGUGGUCUUGACAGUGGGAGACAACGACGACAAGCAACACAGGCGAGUGCUCGCCUGCGUUUACUCGUCGGAGACUGGCUUAUGGGGUGAUCUCAUCUCAACACCGCCUUCAUUCGAGGUCCUUAGAAGUGGUCGUCCCACCUUGGUUUGUACAGGCAAUCCCGCCGUGCUUGUUGGGAGAUCCCUUUACUGGGUGCUUGCUGGGAAUUUGGUUGAAAUUCUCGAGUUUGACUUGGAGAAGCAAGGCUUAUCCGUGCUACAGCCGCCAGUGCAUAUGCUUAAAGAGGGCUUUUUCUCAAUUAUGCGGGCAGAGGGUGGUGGCCUUGGUUUACUCUUCCCGACAUACAGUGGCAUCCAAUUGUGGAAGAGACAGACUGAUUCUGACGGUGUUGCUUCAUGGGCACUUGGAAGGACUAUUGAACUGGACAAGCUACUUCCCCUUAAUUCACGGCAAGUAUCAGUAACAAUACUAGGUUUGGCUGAGGAGAAUAAUGUGGUGUACCUGUGUGCAUGUGCCAUGGUCUUUAUGGUCCAUCUUGAGUCAUUGCAAUUCAAGAAGCUUUGUGAAACCAAUUUCCUCUGCCAUUAUCACCCAUUCGAGUGUGUCUACGCUACAGGCAUUGGUGGUGGACAUGAUGCAGCGGAUCUUUUGCACCACUCAUAAGAUGAUUGUCUGGUUAAAUGUGCUAUUGUGAUGUACUAAUUAGCAGGUAUCUAGGAUCACAUUCCGGUGGCUGAGAAGCAGAAAUGGGUUGUGUUCUGUAGGUUCUUGCAUUGUGUUCGUUGUGCUCCAUCCAUAAGUUAGCCGUCUUUGCUGGUCACUUGUGAAGUUUGACUUUAGGAAUUUGCCAUCUACUAUCUAAUUUCUUUACACAAUCAGUCAACUCGCAUGACGGAUUGACUUCCUUGGAUUAAUGAUUAGUUCAUUUAUGUUAUGCCUUCCAAACAAUCAUGUUGAGGCGGGUCACCUGUGAGUUGUAUUUCAGGUUGAGAUUCCAACAUCAAAUCUCUGCUUAUGUCUUGUA